AGGACCAUCAGGGGCAUGGCAGAGGAUCUAGGGCCGGGUUUUGGGGAAACAGUCAGUGUCGAAAUGCUGCCCGAGGACGGAGGCUGCAGGCCCAAGGCCAGAGCUGGGCUAGCAUCCAGGAGCAACAGUGCACGCUGCGCUCUGACCUGCUGCCUCGUGUUGCUCCCUAUCCUGGCAGGACUCACCGCCUACCUGCUCGUUGGCCAGCUCCGGGCCCAAGGAGAGGCCUGUGUGUUUCAGACUCCAAAAGGACAGGAGCUUGGACCUUCACAUCAGCGAUCUUAUGCACCUCCUGGAGCCGGCGGGGAUAAGCCAAGGGCACACCUGACAGUUGUGAGACAAACUCCCACGCAGUCCUUGAAAAAUCAGUUCCCAGCUCUGCAUUGGGAACAUGAACUUGGCUUGGCCUUCACCAAGAACCGGAUGAACUACACCAACAAAUUUCUGGUGAUCCCAGAGUCAGGAGACUACUUUGUUUACUCCCAGGUCACAUUCCGAGGGACCACAUCCGAGUGUGGUGAAAUCAGCCAAGGGAGCCGACUAAACAAGCCAGACUCCAUCAUCGUGGUCAUCACCAAGGUAACGGACAGCUACCCUGAGCCGACCCAGCUCCUAAUGGGGACCAAGUCAGUGUGUGAAAUAGGCAGCAACUGGUUCCAACCCAUCUACCUAGGGGCCAUGUUCUUCCUGAAUGAAGGGGACAAGCUCAUGGUGAACGUCAGUGACAUCUCUUUGGUGGAUUACACAAAAGAAGAUAAAACCUUCUUCGGAGCCUUCUUGCUAUAGUGGCAAGGCAGAUGUCGUUGUGUGAAGGUCCUCUGCCUCUUAGCUCCUAAUUUU